AUUAGGCAAAGAUAUUUCUAAUGACUUGGUAAACUUCAAUCCUAAUAGAUGGUCCAAAGCACAGUUUAGGACAUCCUCAAAAUGUGACAGUGUGGAUAACAAUUUGGCUGAAAGUUUUAAUGCUUGGGUGUUGGGUGCUAGGCACAAGACUAUCAUCAGUAUGCUUGAAGAAAUAAGGAAAAAGGUAAUGAAUAGAUUCACUGAAGUGAUAACAUUUGUAAAUAGUUGGACUCAUGACAUUUCUCCAAUGGCAGUGUUGGUGCUAAAUACAAAUGUGAAGAAGUCAAUGAGGGUGGAAAUUAGUUGGAAUGGUGAUAUUGGGUAUGAAGUGAAGGAUAGUCCAUAUAUACAUGUGGUUAACCUAAUUCAAGGAACUUGCACUUGUAGAAGUUGGGGAUUGAAAGGGAUUCCUUAUGCACAUGCAAUAGCAGCUAUACAUCACAAUGAAGCUAAUUCCUUGACUCGGUUUGUAAGUGGUACAAAAAAGAAACCUACCUGAAAGCUUAUAAACAUUUUUUACAACCAGUAACAAACAUGAAGAUGUGGCCCGAGACAUUGAAUCCAAAAGUUGAGCCACCUCCUGUUAGGAAAAUGCCAGGAAGGCCUGGUAAAAAAAGAAAGAAGGUACUUGGAGAGGUACCAAGUUCUGGAAAGCUUCCAAAGAGGGGAAAAAUCAUGAGUUGCUCCGCUUGUAAGUCAAAAGGUCACAAUAUAAGAACAUGUCCAAACAAACCUCCAGCCACUUCAGAGGGUAUUGCUAUAUCACAAGCAUCUGCCAGUAGUAAAAAAAGUGGCAAGCAGAAAUCUCACCCCACUCAAGCAGUGCAACAAUCUCAAUCUUCUGAACCAUCUCAAGCAAUAGUGCAAAGUGACAGUGGUAAUAGAAAAGGUGCAAAUAAUGCAUUUAAGAGGCCAAGAGUAGUGGGUCAUGGAGUAUUUGUGAGCAAAGAUGGUUUUAUUUGUGCCGAGGUAAAAACAAGAGUUAAUAAGCUUAUAUUCUUGAUUAAACUUCUUAAAAAUAAUUUAACGACUCUUUAUUACUUUACAACAAGGAAAAUCUAUUAGUAGGGUAAUCAAGAGUGGAGCACAAGAGAAACUGAUAAGUUCAGCUAUUGUCACCGGUGACCUUGGGUAUGCACCAAGUAAAGGUCUUAAAUGGAAGGGGAAAAGUGCUAUCACAGGAAGACAACUUCAACAUAAAAGUGCUUUGCUUAGACAGAAGAACAUCAAGUCACAAACUUCAUCACAAGGUGCAACAAGAACUGAAGGUGUUUAGGGAUGAUGUGGCUGAUUUUUCAUGUGGCUCGAACUAUUUUUAAGUCACGUAUUUUGGUUGUGAAUAGGACGAUGUCGACUUUUAGUUAUGAAUUUUAAUGUUACUAAACACGGUGACUGAUUUGCAGCCCAAGUAGUUAUUGUAAGCUACUAAACAUGGUGACUGAUUUUUCAUGUGGUUCGAACUGUUCUUAAGUCGUGUAUUUUGGU